AUGAGUAAUUAUAAUGGAUCAUUAUAUUCUACAAAUGAAAUUUCUUUAUCUCGUACUGUUCGAUUUUGGCUUUUGCUUUUAAGUGAAGUGCCAUCACUCAUUUGUUCAAUUUUUAUUAUUUUUCAUUUAUUAAUCGAUCGACAAGAACGUCGUUCAUUGAAUAAUCAUCCAAUUAUUCUUAUGAACAUAACAGGAUUGUUUUUAAAAUGUACUGAUGUUCCAUUUUAUCUUGAUUUUAUUCGAAAUGGAAAAGUAUCGCCAUCAACACCAAUUCAUUGUUUAAUAUGGUGGGUUGGAGCUAUCGCUUUCUAUUAUAUAACAUGUUUAUUAGCUGCUUGGGCUUCAAUGGAACGUCAUAUACUUGUAUUUCAUAGAGCACGGCUAAAUACUGCAAAAGGACGUUUUUUAUUUCAUUAUUUUCCAUUAAUAAUAAUAUGUAUUUAUUCAAUCAUAUUUUAUACAUGGGUUAUUUUUAUUUUACCUUGUGAAAAUAUCUAUGAUUAUACUUUACCUGUAUGUGGAGCUAUACCUUGUUAUAUAAAUGAUCCAAUAUUUGGAGUAUGGGAAUUAAUAUUCCAUGGUUGUAUUUGUACCAUAAUUACUACAGUGUUUAGUAUUGGUUUAGUUAUUCGUGUUAUAAUAGAAAAACUUUCUCGUCAUUUACCAAUUGAAUGGCGUAAACAUCGAAAAAUGACAAUUCAAAUGUUAAGUAUAUCUUCAAUAUUUAUUUUCUUUAAUUUACCAAUAACAACAAUGGCUAUAGCUCAUCUGGCUGGUUUACCAUAUGAUGUUGGUGCCGAAAUACAAUUAUAUUUCUUUUUUCUUUCUUAUUGGCUAAUAUUUUUAUUACCUUUCGUUUCUUUAAAUUCAUUGACAAACUUGAAACAGAAGAUCAAGAGAUGUUUCGGAAUUUUAUCUCAACGUCAAACAACUAUUGGUGUUCUAAGUACUCGCCGUUAA